CAUGGAUUUGGAUUUGAUCUCAUCAUACUUACAACUUGUGUAUUGAUAAAAGUGUGUGAGUUAUGUUGUGCAGUGUUUGCAUAAAGGCUCUAGUCACAUUGCACAAGAAAAUGUGAUCACUGGACACAUUGAUACACAUAGAUCAAGUAAGAAGGAAUAUCAUGAGUUAUAGGUGAGCAUUUUUCAUUCAGAACUCUGAACUAUUCACAUGGGCAACAUUGGUAAAGAAGUCGUUGCAUAGUAAGCUUGAAACAUUUUUAUUUUUACACUUUAACAAAAGUGCCCUGACUGUAAGACAGCCUUAGUUACUUGAUACUGAGAUUGUUGACUUGGGAUAGGUGUGUCUUCAUAUAAAGGCUAGACAUUCAAUAUGAGGAUUUCUCAACCUUGGGGUUACUUAUUUUAUUGUCAAACAUGCACUCAUAAAAUAAUUAUCAUCCUAUUAGCAGACAUUCUAACACAGCUCAGUGGUUAAGUCAAGCAGACAUUCCAACACAGCUCAGUGGUUAAGUCAAGCAGACAUUCCAACACAGCUCAGUGGUUAACUCAAGCAGACAUUCUAACACAGCUCAGUGGUUAACUCAAGCAGACAUUCCAACACAGCUAAGUGGUUAACUCAAGCAGACAUUCCAACACAGCUCAGUGGUUAACUCAAGCAGACAUUCUAACACAGCUCAGUGGUUAACUCAAGCAGACAUUCUAACACAGCUCAGUGGUUAACUCAAGCAGACAUUCCAACACAGCUCAGUGGUUAACUCAAGCAGACAUUCCAACACAGCUCAGUGGUUAACUCAAGCAGACAUUCUAACACAGCUCAGUGGUUAACUCAAGCAGACAUUCCAACACAGCUCAGUGGUUAACUCAAGCAGACAUUCCAACACAGCUCAGUGGUUAACUCAAGCAGACAUUCUAACACAGCUCAGUGGUUAACUCAAGCAGACAUUCCAACACAGCUCAGUGGUUAAGUCAAGCAGACAUUCAAACACAGCUCAGUGGUUAACUCAAGCAGACAUUCUAACACAGCUCAGUGGUUGUGUCAAGCUGUCAUUGCAGCUAUGCCUUUUGUCAUGUUACUCUUUUUUCUAUUUAUAACAUGUUUGUAUCACCUUCUGGCUUAAUAUGUUAUAUUAAUUUUUGCUAUACAGUUUGUGGAUCCAUUGAUUUUAUGGAGAUCUGGUGUCAGUAACAAUGAAAAAAAAAUGUUUCAAGGCUCAAUAAAUGAGAAUCAGGGAGUGCUUGUCCUGAACAUCUGCCUGCAGGGCUGCCACUCAAUUUUUUUUUAGUUCCAAGAUUUGGUCAAAACAUUUCCCAAGAUUUCCCAAGGUCAUGAAAAUAUGAUUUUUUUUAUUUUUUUUAAAGGAUCUUGGGAUUUUAUUUUUUUAAAAAGUGAGUUUUGGCCCUGAGUGAAGUAGUGAAUUCCCAAGAUCUUGGGGAAUUUCCCAAGGUGUGGCAGCACUGUCUGCCUGACAAUAAUUCUGAAUACUGGAACUUUCAAAUGAAGUCAAGGGAACAGUACACCAUUUAGCUCAAAAGUGUGUGUGUGUGUUAGUUGUAUUGUGUGUGUGUUUGUUGAAAGAGUUUAAAAUGUCAAACACCUCCCAGGACAGAUUGCUGGGGAGCAAGGGUCUAAUGUUUAUUUUUUGGAAGAACAAUAAUUUACAAAAAAAUGGUCUAUUUUAUUUGUAGUCAAAAAUGAAUUUGAGAAAAUGUGGUAUUAAUAAAUAAGCUAAGUGUAGCUUACUUUCUGCAAUAAGCAACUAUGUGAAAUGUUCUGUUUAUAUGUCUAAUGAAAUGAAUUUUGUAUGUUUAUAUUAGAUGUACUGCAAAGUAGUAAUGCAAUAAAGAUGCCUGGGGCGCCUACAUAUUAAUUGCAAAGCCGAAUAUCAAUAUGAGGUUAGUGUAAACAUCUCAAGCUUACAUUUCCAAUGCUAAAAACAAAGGCCAAUAACACCUGUUAAAUCUCAACCAGGCAGACUUGUUCAAUAAACAAAUCUAGAGGAGAUUACUCAUAUACACUCAUUAUCUUAGACUACAGGAUUGUGAAACAUAAAAUAAAAUAAUAUAUUCAGUUAAAUCUUAGGUGUUGAAAAAUGUCAUUUAAUUCAAGGUACACUUUUCUUAUUUUUGUCUUAAAAUUUUGUUAUGUCUAGCCAUAAAUAGCAGAUCAUUAGAACUCUAUUUAAAAAUAGUUGUUUUCCAUGCAUGAAUCUGUAUGACAGCUUGUGCAAUCAGCUUCCAUCAAGGCGUUUUAUAAGGGCAUUCUCAAGAUGAUAGUUCGAUUCUUUGUCUAAUUUUCAUUAUCUUUGUCAGAAGUUUUUGUAUAUUCUCAUAAAAUGAUAUAUUUUAUGCUAACAAAUCCUUGAAAUUAGCUACAAGCCCCAAUCUCUCUUCCCCCCCCCCCUCCAAAAUUUUUCUCUUUAAAAAAAUACUAAAGUAUCUCCGUCCCCUGAUAUCUCUGUCAUUUGUCCAAAGUUUUUUUAAUUUCUCAAAAAAAGAUAUAUUUUAUGCCAACAAAUCCUUGAAAUUAGCUAACAGCCCCCAUCCCCCUUCCCCCCCCCCCCUCCAAAAUUUUUCUCUUUAAAAAAAUACUAAAGUAUCUCCGUCCCCUGAUAUCUCUGUCCCCAGAUUUUUCUGUUCAGAUUUUUCAACUUCCAAUAAAUGUAACCAUAAGGAUAAGGCUAUUCUUUCCAUUUUAGCCUGUUGCUGUAAUUCUUGGUUUGAAUUAACCCUGACAGCAUAUAUUACUUUCAAUGUGUGACUCUAUACAUUUUUUCUCAAAGCUUCUCAUUGAUGAAUGCUGUUUAGUACUCAUUUAUUCUAUCCUAUCAAUAGCAUGUUUCUGUUGUUGGUACCAAUAUCACUUAAAAUGUGGAUUAUUUCAACGUGAAACACAUAAGGACCAUUGCAUUUUAGUUUAACCCAAUGAUUAUGAAUGGUUAAAAAAAAAGUUUUUUUUAAAUGUUGUAACAAAUAUGCUUCUAGAAGUGGUUGUCAGUCAGCCUCAUAACUUUCAAUCAUUUCAAAGUGUGGCACUUAAGAUCUUGGGUGUCAGAGUCAGCCUCAUAACUUUCAUGCAUUUCAAAGUGUGUCACUUAAGAUCUUGGGUGUCAGAGUCAGCCUCAUAACUUUCAUGCAUUUCAAAGUGUGUCACUUAAGAUCUUGGGUGUCAGAGUCAGCCUCAUAACUUUCAUGCAUUUCAAAGUGUGUCACUUAAGAUCUUGGGUGUCAGAGUCAGCCUCAUAACUUUCAUGCAUUUCAAAGUGUGUCACUUAAGAUCUUGGGUGUCAGAGUCAGCCUCAUAACUUUCAUGCAUUUCAAAGUGUGUCACUUAAGAUCUUGGGUGUCAGAGUCAGCCCCAUAACUUUCAUGCAUUUCAAAGUGUGUCACUUAAGAUCUUGGGUGUCAGAGUCAGCCUCAUAACUUUCAUGCAUUUCAAAGUGUGUCACUUAAGAUCUUGGGUGUCGGAGUCAGCCUCAUAACUUUCAUGCAUUUCAAAGUGUGUCCUUCAGGCUCAUGGGGUUCAGCCUCAUGGGUGUCACCCUCAUUACUUUCAUGCAUUUCAAAGUUUGCUACAUCAUAUUUUAAAAAAAAACGAUGAUAUAACUAUUGUUAUUGAAACUUUGAUGUGUAUAGUUCAUAUAUAUUAUUACUUUGUUGUUGUAGAACUAAAGCACUUUCAAACUGUUUGUAACUCCAACCUGUCAUAUCUUAAAUAUCCAAACACAAAUGUCUCAAACCAUCUUGCAAAGCUGUUUGUACAGUACCAGCAGUUGGCAAAGAUUUCUCUCUCUUUACUGGCAAAACGUUCCUGUUAAGUGAAACACAUUCUGUUUAUUUGAUGGAUUGUGUCUCUUAAUAAGCAGCUCCUGGUCAAAUUAAAUGGAAUUAAAAUAUCCUUCUAAUGAUACACACAUGCUGUCCUUGUCUAAGUGAUUGCACACAUGUGUUGGACAGAUCUUUCAAAUGGUAACAUGUUGUGUGUUUACAAAUUCUACCCACAUACUGUCAUUGACUAACUGAUUACACACAUGUUGGGAAUAAUAUGGUACACAUGUUAUGUGUCUUCUUGAUGAUACACACAUGCUGUCAUUGUUUAAGUGUCUUCUUGAUGAUACACACAUGCUGUCAUUGUUUAAGUGUCUUCUUGAUGAUACACACAUGCUGUCAUUGUUUAAGUGUCUUCUUGAUGAUACACACAUGCUGUCAUUGUUUAAGUGUCUUCUUGAUGAUACACACAUGCUGUCAUUGUUUAAGUGUCUUCUUGAUGAUACACACAUGCUGUCAUUGUUUAAGUGUCUUCUUGAUGAUACACACAUGCUGUCAUUGUUUAAGUGUCUUCUUGAUGAUACACACAUGCUGUCAUUGUUUAAGUGUCUUCUUGAUGAUACACACAUGCUGUCAUUGUUUAAGUGUCUUCUUGAUGAUACACACAUGCUGUCAUUGUUUAAGGGAUUAAAAACAUAAUUUGGAUAAAUAUGGUAGCAUGUUGUGUGUCCUACUGUAUGGUAGCAUGUUGUGUGUCCUACUGUAUGGUAGCAUGUUGUGUGUCCUACUGUAUGGUAGCAUGUUGUGUGUCCUACUGUAUGGUAGCAUGUUGUGUGUCCUACUGAUGCUGUCCUUUUAGUUACAAGAUUAUUGCUUAUAGGUUCCUAAUUCCUUCACUUGUUGGUGAACAUUACAUAGAGCUUACUGCUAUAGGUUCCUGAUUCCUUCACUUGUUGGUGAACAUUACAUAGAGCUUACUGCUAUAGGUUCCUGAUUCCUUCACUUGUUGGUGAACAUUACAUAGAGCUUACUGCUAUAGGUUCCUAAUUCCUUCACUUGUUGGUGAACAUUACAUAGAGCUUACUGUUAUAGGUUCCUAAUUCCUUCACUUGUUGGUGAACAUUACAUAGAGCUUACUGCUAUAGGUUCCUAAUCCCUUCUCUUGUUGGUGAACAUUACAUAGAGCUUACUGCUAUAGGUUCCUAAUUCCUUCACUUGUUGGUGAACAUUACAUAGAGCUUACUGUUAUAGGUUCCUAAUCCAUUCACUUGUUGGUGAACAUAACAUAGAGCUUACUGCUAUAGGUUCCUAAUCCCUUCUCUUGUUGGUGAACAUAACAUAGAGCUUACUGCUAUAGAUUCCUAAUUCCUUCACUUGUUGGUGAACAUUACAUAGAGCUUACUGUUAUAGGUUCCUAAUCCAUUCACUUGUUGGUGAACAUUACAUAGAGCUUACUGCUAUAGGUUCCUAAUUCCUUCACUUGUUGGUGAACAUUACAUAGAGCGUACUGCUAUAGGUUCCUAAUUCCUUCACUUGUUGGUGAACAUUACAUAGAGCUUACUGCUAUCGGUUCCUAAUCCCUUCUCUUGUUGGUGAACAUAACAUAGAGCUUACUGCUAUAGGUUCCUAAUUCCUUCACUUGUUGGUGAACAUUACAUAGAGCUUACUGCUGUAGGUUCCCAAUUCCUUCACUUGUUGGUGAACAUAACAUAGAGCGUACUGUUAUAGGUUCCUAAUUCCUUCACUUGUUGGUGAACAUAACAUAGAGCUUACUGUUAUAGGUUCCUAAUUCCUUCACUUGUUGGUGAACAUAACAUAGAGCUUACUGUUAUAGGUUCCUAUUCCCUUCACUUGUUGGUGAACACAACAUAGAGCUUACUGCUGUAGGUUCCCAAUUCCUUCACUUGUUGGUGAACAUAACAUAGAGCGUACUGUUAUAGGUUCCUAAUUCCUUCACUUGUUGGUGAACAUUACAUAGAGCUUACUGCUAUAGGUUCCUAAUCCCUUCUCUUGUUGGUGAACAUAACAUAGAGCUUACUGCUAUAGAUUCCUAAUUCCUUCACUUGUUGGUGAACAUUACAUAGAGCUUACUGUUAUAGGUUCCUAAUCCAUUCACUUGUUGGUGAACAUUACAUAGAGCUUACUGCUAUAGGUUCCUAAUUCCUUCACUUGUUGGUGAACAUUACAUAGAGCGUACUGCUAUAGGUUCCUAAUUCCUUCACUUGUUGGUGAACAUUACAUAGAGCUUACUGCUAUCGGUUCCUAAUCCCUUCUCUUGUUGGUGAACAUAACAUAGAGCUUACUGCUAUAGGUUCCUAAUUCCUUCACUUGUUGGUGAACAUUACAUAGAGCUUACUGCUGUAGGUUCCCAAUUCCUUCACUUGUUGGUGAACAUAACAUAGAGCGUACUGUUAUAGGUUCCUAAUUCCUUCACUUGUUGGUGAACAUAACAUAGAGCUUACUGUUAUAGGUUCCUAAUUCCUUCACUUGUUGGUGAACAUAACAUAGAGCUUACUGUUAUAGGUUCCUAUUCCCUUCACUUGUUGGUGAACACAACAUAGAGCUUACUGCUGUAGGUUCCCAAUUCCUUCACUUGUUGGUGAACAUAACAUAGAGCGUACUGUUAUAGGUUCCUAAUUCCUUCACUUGUUGGUGAACAUUACAUAGAGCUUACUUUUAUAGGUUCCUAAUCCCUUCACUAGUUGGUGAACAUAACAUAGAGCUUACUGCUGUAGGUUCCCAAUUCCUUCACUUGUUGGUGAACAUAACAUAGAGCGUACUAUUAUAGGUUCCUUAUUCCUUCACUUGUUGGUGAACAUUACAUAGAGCUUACUGCUAUAGGUUCCUAAUCCCUUCUCUUGUUGGUGAACAUAACAUAGAGUGUACUGCUAUAGGUUCCUUAUUCCUUCACUUGUUGGUGAACAUUACAUAGAGCUUACUGCUAUAGGUUCCUAAUCCCUUCUCUUGUUGGUGAACAUUACAUAGAGCUUGCUGUUACUACUUCCUACUCAACUGUUCUUUUGAUUCAAUUUGAAAAGAUUUGUGUCCACACCGUUGUGUUUCUCUUUUAGGCAAAUGGAUGACCGGAGGGUGGCUGACUACUUUGUGGUGGCCGGGCUCGAUAAAAACAACCAGAAGCUCUUGGACGACGCUCACGGUGAUGAUGUUAAACCAGCCGGCCGAGACCCCAUCACAGACAUCACAGUCAUCAAUAGGUUAGAACAAUGGCUGACAGAAUAGACUAGAAGAGAGGAAUCCUUUUAGAACUAUUUCUAAAUGGUUUUUAACUGAGUUCAAAUAGGAAAGGCUAUGGCGAAAAAAACAACUUAAGUGCCUCUCAUUUUUCUUUAUGAGGCAGUGUUUCCCUAAUGAGGGGGGGUGACAAUUUCAAUCAUGAGACAUUAAAAAGAAUAGUCGAUCACUGUCCUGUUUGUUGUUUGUUUAUUACAAUACAAAAGUAUUUCACUGAUUAUAAGUUCCUUCCUACAAUGUUGAAUCUGGACUAAGAAGGAAGGAAAAUCAAAUUCAAUCUUCCCAAUGGCAGCACCAAAUUAGAUUAACAUUCUCAUGUCCCAACCAUUUUUACACCACAGAUAUAUUACACCAGGUAUUUCCGUAACAUAAAGGGAAAUAUUACACUCCUAAUUCACUUGCAGUAUUUUUAAGAACCCCGUUAGGCGCAGUUGUAUUGAGUUUUAUUUUGCAUCUGUGAAUAUAAAUGUUGAAAAGCUGGUCUAACCCAAUUAUUAUAAAUGGUUUUUAAAAAAAAAAUGUAACAAAUAUGCUUCAAGAAGUUGAGUCCGAAUUCAAAAUAUUUUCUCACUUGAGUUUGUCACUCAAGCUUAUUGGUUUCAGCCUCAUUACUUUCAUGCAGUUCAAAGUUUGUCACUCAAGCUCAUGGCAAUAACAAAGGAAAUCUCUUAAGAUUUUUAGUGUUAUGUUACUUGUUCUACUUCUAUUUGUCUUGUUUGCUGAAGAAGGCUCUGAGCCGAAACGUCCAAAUCUUAUUGUCCUGUCUAUUGAUUCAAGUUUAGCAUACCUUGUUGUUAUAUUUCAUUGACACAACUUGAAUGCAGUCCAUCAAUUGUUAUCUUUUAUCGUUGGUAACAUUAGUACAUAGACUUAUGUAUUUUGAUAUGCAUUUUAAUCAAUGAGAAUCUUUUGCUCUGAAUGCAGGAGUUUAGGUGAAAAAAUACCCAAAGGUUAUGAGUGUAUUGAGCAGACGCCAACAGGGUACCCGGCCAACCUCAAUCAUGGCAGCUUGCGAUGUCCAGACAUGUUUAUUUGUUUCAGGAGAGGGAGGGACAAACCACCUCUUAAAGACUUGGGGUUAGUACAUCUAUCAUGUCAUCUAUCUGUAACAGGACUGGGGUUAGUACAUCUAUCAUGUCAUCUAUCUGUAACAGGACUGGGGUUAGUACAUCUAUCAUGUCAUCUAUCUGUAACAGGACUGGGUUUAGUACAUCUAUCAUGUCAUCUAUCUGUAACAGGACUGGGGUUAGUACAUCUAUCAUGUUAUCUAUCUGUAACAGGACUGGGUUUAGUACAUCUAUCAUGUCAUCUAUCUGUAACAGGACUGGGUUUAGUACAUCUAUCAUGUCAUCUAUCUGUAACAGGACUGGGGUUAGUACAUCUAUCAUGUUAUCUAUCUGUAACAGGACUGGGUUUAGUACAUCUAUCAUGUCAUCUAUCUGUAACAAGCCUGAUUUAGUACAUCUAUCAUGUCAUCUAUCUGUAACAGGACUGGGGUUAGUACAUCUAUCAUGUUAUCUAUCUGUAACAGGACUGGGGUUAGUACAUCUAUCAUGUUAUCUAUCUGUAACAGGACUGGGGUUAGUACAUCUAUCAGAUCAUUUACCUGUAACAGGACUAGGGUUAGUACAUCUAUCAUGUCAUCUAUCUGUAACAGGACUGGGUUUAGUACAUCUAUCAUGUCAUCUAUCUGUAACAGGACUGGGGUUAGUACAUCUAUCAUGUCAUCUAUCUGUAACAGGACUGGGGUUAGUACAUCUAUCAUGUUAUCUAUCUGUAACAGGACUGGGGUUAGUACAUCUAUCAGAUCAUUUACCUGUAACAGGACUGGGGUUAGUACAUCUAUCAGAUCAUUUACCUGUAACAGGACUGGGGUUUGUACAUCUAUCAGAUCAUUUACCUGUAACAGGACUGGGGUUAGUACAUCUAUCAGAUCAUUUACCUGUAACAGGACUGGGGUUAGUACAUCUAUCAUGUUAUCUAUCUGUAACAGGACUGGGGUUAGUACAUCUAUCAGAUCAUUUACCUGUAACAGGAUUAUUGAAAAAAUAUACAAGUAUUUCCUGAUUAUUGAAAUAGAAAUUAAGGGGGGGGGGUUAAGGUGCUCUAUUUCUUUCCAUUAAAACACCACACUAAGCCAAGUCAAGCUUAUAAAAACUUAAUAAUCAUUAAUAAAUAUAUAUCUUAAUGUGCCUCAACACCUUAAAAGAGUAUUCAAUAGAUGAAAUGACUUCUAUCCUCAGUUAAUACACAGUGACAGUGGUAUAUAAAAAAAGGGAUAAGAAGUUAUUAAAAUUAAAAAAACACCAGUUCUUCCUUGAAUAAAUUAAUUAAAAUAAGAAUAUAAACUUGAAAUCAGUUUCUUAUAUCUAAGAAGGUUAGAAGCACACAUGAACAUUUGUAGAGAACCGAUCAACCAGUUGAUUGCGCUGAGUUCAAUUAUAACUACACCAAACUGAGUUGCACACUUAUGAAAUAGCUGUCCAAAUGUGAAUCAAACAUCUUCUCAAUGUGCAGAGUAGCUGUUCAACCAAAUGUUAAUCAAACAUCUUGUCAAUGUGCAGAAUAUUGUAUGAAGGAAAGGAACGUGUCAUGGAAGGCUGUGAAGUGGUCAGCACAACAAUGGAAGGACAUCCGGCCAAUGUCAACAACAGCAACAGCAGCAGAACAUACAUCACUUUCAGACGGGCUGAGAAGUCAGCUCCAAGUGAUACACUGGUUGUAGUGGAUAUCUGUAUUAUUCUAGGAAACAGGGUAAAUAUCCUAGUUAGAAUUUGUUUGCCCCAAAAAAAACAAAUUAAAAUAUUCAUGACUUCAGUAGUAGAAUUGUUAAUUUGCAUCUAUCGCUUUCAUCCUUGACUUUGAGACACACAGUUGUAGCACCUCAGUAGUAUUAAUAAUAAUAAUAAUAAAGUUCAUUUCAAAAACACGCUUCAUCCCCAAAGGCUCGAAGCGCUGUACAAAGUCAACAAAAUACAAAUCUAUAAUUUACCACAUUUAAAACAAACGCAACACUACAAAAACUAAUUACUAGCAUACAAUUGCAAAGUCUUUCUAGCCAUUUCAACCCCAAGCAACACAGCCAUUAUGCAUUAACUGGAAAAUAAGGUUGACAAUCAUCCCAGAAGGUGUUUGCGAAAUAGGUGUGUCUUUAAAUUGGUUUUAAAGGACUCCAGUGUCUGGUUGUUUCUGAGAUCGACAGGAAGGGCGUUCCAAAUUGUUGGACCAGCAAAUGCGAAAGUGCGCUUUCCGUAAGUCUCAAGGCAAACACGUGGUGUCGAGAGUUUGCCACUAUCGGAUGAGCGGAGCUCUCUAGUGGGUACAUAAGGCGUAAGCAGCUCUUUCAGAUAGGACGGCGCCAGGUUAUGUAAGCAGCGGUAGCACAACGUUGCGAUUUUGUACUCUAUGCGAGGACGCACCGUCAGCCAGUGCAGCUCUCUCAGAAGUGUUUUUGCAUGGUCGAACUUGCGUUUGCGGAGAACAAUGCGAGCCGCAUUAUUCUGUGCUAUUUGAAUUUUAUCCAGGAGCGUAGCUGGAAGACCCACCAUGAGAGCAUUGCAAUAGUCCAUGCGUGAUAGCACAAAUGCAGACAUCAGCCUCUUUGUUGCAUCAAUUGUUAGGAAGGGCCUGAUGUGACUAAUCCUGUUGUGACUAGUAGAAUUGUUAACUUGCAUCUAUCGCUUUCAUCCUUGACUUUGAGACACACAGUUGUAGCACCUCAGUAGUAGAAUUGUUAACUUGCAUCUAUCGCUUUCAUCUUGACUUUGAGACACACAGUUGUAGCACCUCAGUAGUAGAAUUGUUAACUUGCAUCUAUCGCUUUUAUCCUUGACUUUGAGACACACAGUUGUAGCACAUAACUAAACUACUGCAUGGGUUAUUUUAUCUUGAUAAUUAGGAGAUAAAAUAUCAAAUUUUAAUAUUAACCCUUUAACUGCCAAGUGCAUUUUUCUGUAGAGUCAAGCCAUUUUAAGAAUUUCCAUAUGCUUGUAAAAUAUGACAAAAUCCAAUUACUAAAUGAAUUCAGAGACCCUUACAAUUAUGCAUUUUCUGAAAAUAAAUUGGACAAGGGAUUUUAUGGUAUGAAAAGAAUUUGUUUUAAUAUUAUUUAUGUUGAUUUUGACCUUGACAGAAUGAUUAAAGUUUUACUACUCAACUUCUGAAUUCAACCAAAACUUAAACUCCAUAAUUUUUUCAAACUAAAAUAAAAUCAAGUUUAUGAAAUACUAGAAGCAAUAUUCGUUCAGAAAAUGUCAAGUUAUAGGUAAUUAUAUUGAAUAUUGUAAUAUUCGUGAAUUUUUUUCAUUCAUCACCUUCAAAUUUCUGACAUACAAAGUGCAAGAAGGUAGGGAUGAAAUGAGUUCAAAAAUUCCUUUUUAAAAUGAAGUUAUUAAAUCCAUUUAAUGCUCCAGAACAUACACAAACAUGAAGGUCUUUGAAACUCUUUUGGGUAAGUCUUUGGGAUCCAAUCUUUGUCUUUUCUGUUCGAUUUCCACCCUUUCCCUAACGACGUUGUCUGUAACAAUAUUACUAAGCUUAGGGCUAAAAUUGUCCAAAUUUAACUCUUGUGUCACCAUCACUAAUCCAUUUUAAAUAAUAAUUCCAAUAAAGAAAGUCUGUGUUGAUGUUGCAUUCUGGUGGGGGGCGCUCUUUCCAGCAUAAGCCAUUAUGGCAAAAAAUCUCUCCAGCAUAAGCCAUUAUGGCAAAAAAUCUCCCCAGCAUAAGCCAUUAUGGCAAAAAAUUGAGCAAAUGUCACACCUGAUUAAUCACAAAUCAAGCCCUGAUAAAAGCCUCGUUAACACACAGAUAGAAAAGUAAACAGGAAGCAGACUCAUUUAUAUAGAGGGAUUUCCCCUUAACCAAUAUACUUUAAAACAUUCCUGUCAAAUAUUUCGUUGUCUAAUAUAUUCCGAUGUCAAAAAUUCCAGUGUUCUAUUAUAUUCUGAUGUCAAAUAUUCUGUCUAACCUUAUGUCAGACUAGUUUGUUUUGGAUAUAGUCUCUCACUUGGUCACCACACUGACUAGUGUAAGUGUUUUUUAUACAGUACGUUUAUUUCAAUUAACUCAAAGGCUGCAAGGUUCAUUGUACACUAUGCGUUUAUUUCACUGUGCUAAACAUCCACUUGGGACACAAUGCGUUUAUUUCACUGUGCUAAACAUCCACUUGGGACACAAUGCGUUUAUUUCACUGUGCUAAACAUCCACUUGGGACACAAUGCCUUUAUUUCACUGUGCUAAACAUCCACUUGGGACACAAUGCGUUUAUUUCACUGUGCUAAACAUCCACUUGGGACACAAUGCCUUUAUUUCACUGUGCUAAACAUCCACUUGGGACACAAUGCGUUUAUUUCACUGUGCUAAACAUCCACUUGGGACACAAUGCGUUUAUUUCACUGUGCUAAACAUCCACUUGGGACACAAUGCGUUUAUUUCACUGUGCUAAACAUCCACUUGGGACACAAUGCCUUUAUUUCACUGUGCUAAACAUCCACUUGGGACACAAUGCGUUUAUUUCACUGUGCUAAACAUCCACUUGGGACACAAUGCGUUUAUUUCCCUGUGCUAAACAUCCACAUGGGACACAAUGAAGUUGCUUCCUAAUUACACCCAGCAGAAAAUAUUAACCUUAAAAGACUUCAAAGAAAAUCUAACCCAAACUAUUAUCUCUCUCGCUCAAAAUCAUUCUCUCCCUUUAUAACCCCAAAAAAAUCCACCCACCCGUCCUUGACAUGAAAAGAGUUCACACUAGCUCACUAAACUUACCUGUCAACAUCACCACACACACUGCACCUCUGAUGCCAUGACCUUGACAAUUCCCAUUUUAUUGACAAUUUUGCCAGUGGCCAAUUAUUAAUUGGCCUUGUUACCACAGAAAGGGGUUUAAUUGGCCGUUCUGAGAGUUUUAGAGUUAGAUAAAGUAUCCCAGAGAUCCUUGAGGAAGGAACUGUCUUAUAUAUUUUUACUUUACAUCAGGGUGAAGAGCCACCUCUGACUUUCUUGAAAAUAUUGAAAAACUUGAACAAGGGCAUGGUGAGUAGACAAUUAUAAUUAUAUUUUGUAUAUAUAAUUAUAAUUAUUAUUAUAUGUAUAAUUAAUUAUACUUAUAUUAUAUUAUACCUGAUAUUGACUUCAUGUCAGUAAUCAAACAAGAGUUGUUCAAAAAUACUAAUACAUUUCUAAAUUAUUAUAGAAAUUAUAGACUUAUUCUGUGGAGUUGAGUGGUGCAUAAGACUAUUUUGAUGAGCUUGUGUAAUGAAGAUGUAUUGUCACCAGGUCAUCUUACCCUUUUAAUAAUGUUGUACUUUUCAAGUUCGUUUAGAAAUUAAUAUCUCUUAAUAAUUUUGUUUGUUCACCAACGCAUGAAUAAAUAUGAAAUAAAUAUACACACGACUAAAAGAAAAUAAAUAAACAGAAUUGUGAAUGAUUUGACCUAAUACUUGUUCACAGCUGGGCUCAGAUGUUUAUCUUUGUUACAAGAAAGCUAUGGUUAAAUCAGAUGCUCUGGCUUACAAUGCUUGUAAGUACAUAUGGACACAUUAAGCGCCCUUAUACAUACACAAUAUAAGUCUGAAUGAGUCAGAAUCCAGCUCUUGUAUAUUUUUUUUUUUAUUCUCGGGCGUUGGUUAUUGUUAUUGCCUCAUACAAAAGCCUAAUUCUCUACCGGUCUGUUUAUAAUAUUUCUGUCUCUUUAUCCUCUUGUUACUUCCAACAUUUGCACCAGGUGAACCCUGAUACCUAAGGCUAAGAUUUGUGUGUUUGUUUAUCAUAAUCCUACAGCUGUUCUGGGCCGCUAUCCCCUGGAAGAUUACAAUGAGUUUCCACUGCCGCAGACCGUAUCCAUGUUCUGUCUGCCCAUGGGAGCAACCGUCGAGGUUUGGGCUGCAGGUGCCCAGCACCCGGUUCCCAGCUUUUCAACAUUUAUAUUCACUGGAGCAGGGGGCGAGAAGGUAGAUAUUGAUUGGUGGUUCUUGGUUUAACCUAGACAUUGCUUGGUGGUUCUUUGUUUAACCAUGGCUUUUUUUAUCAAUCGAUUAUAGAAGUUAGGACAUAUUUUAAUUAUGAAGGUUGGGAUAUUUCCUGGGUAUUAAAUAAUGAAGGUAGAGCCAUUUCCUGGGUAUUUAAUUAUGAAGGUAAAGCCAUUCACUUCAUGGGUAUUUAAUUCAAUUGUGCAAUGCUGUAUAUAACUUUUGUUGCUAAAAUAUUGUAAAACACACAGACCACCCCCAGCCAUGACCCAAAAUUCCACCAACAAUUUGAAGACAUCAUAGCUUUACAGGGUUUUUAAUGGUCAGCUUCAGACACACUUGAGACAUCACGGGUCUCAAAAAAAUAAGCCAUUAAAAUGUACACAUCUAAGACUAAUGGAUGUUUCAAUAAAAUUUUUAAAGUGUUUAUGCUAACAAUACACACUGGUGUUAUUUUAUGAACACUGCAAAGUAGCCUCACUGAAUGUAAGGAAAGCCACAAGUAUGUAAACAAUUAUAUUUUUCUCCCUCUCAGGUGUAUGGGGCAGCUGUGAGUUUCUAUGAAGAAUACAAUGAAGAGAACCUGAGUGACCAACAGAUGAGAUCCUUAGGCUUAAAGAAUCGCCAAAUUAGGCAGCAGUUACCUAUCUUGAAGACGGUUCAUGUCAGAAAGGCCAUUGCACUACUUUCUCACUGGCCUUUCUUUGAUGCCUUCAAAAAAUUCCUCUCUCAGCUGUAUAAGAUUUCCAUCACUGGUCCUCACACUGUCCCCAUGGAAAGACACAUUUCUCAUUUUAUGUAUGAUGUCCCCUACCCGUCACCAGAAAGACCCAGAAUUCUAGUUCAGCUGACCCAUGAUUCCCUCUCACUGUGCAUGCCGGAAGAUUCACCACUACCUCAGAGGUUAUCCAACAUGCUAGUUAUAUUUUAUUUGUCUCAAAUUCUUUAUUGAUGAUGAUUAUCUUUUAUUAAGUGUUGAAAUGUCCAAUACACAAAUUUCUUUUUCUCAGGUCUGUACGCCUGUCAUUUAUUUGUUAAAAGUGUCAAGUAUUAACUUAUGUUAACUUAUGUUAACUUAUAUUUAGGUCUUCCAAAUAAGAAUCUUAUGUUUAUAGGAUGAUGGCCCAAAUUGUAUUUUUAAUCAUCCUAUUUCACAGUGGAGCGUCUUUUAUCACUAUGUUACGGAAUCUUGGUCCUGAGUUAACGAUGAAUCUUCUGGUGUUUGUUCUGCUAGAGACCAAAAUUUUGCUGCAUUCACUUCGGCCUACUGUUUUAACAGAAGUCGCUGAGGCUGUAUCCACUGUAAGUGUCCACUCAAAUUUCUGGCUAAAGAAUUCAUGUUCUAAACAUAACGUUGCACCAACUUAUGUGACUAAUGAAAGUAUUUUUUCUUUCCAGAUGAUCUUCCCAUUCCACUGGCAGUGCCCUUACAUCCCCCUGUGUCCACUGGGGCUCUCAGAUGUACUCAAUGCUCCAUGUCCAUUUAUUGUUGGUGGGUGCAGCUUAUACAAGAGAUAAUUAAUUCAGAUUACUUUUUGAUUGCGCCACAGAAGGCGGGUUUUUUAAACUACACUUGAAAUUCAUGAUAUUGACUUUUCAUUUAAUAAACAAUUAAAUGAAGUAAGUUGAAACAAAGAAGUCUACAUUGUAAGUGGAUUUAUGUCGUGAAUUGAUAAAUCAUUAAAUUGAGUUCAUAUUUGAGAUUUUUUAACAGCUCUCCUGGUUUAGUCAAAGCGGCUGAUAUUCUUGUAUUGAUUAAAUUGUGUGCUGCUGAAGAGAUUACUUUUGAGUCAUUUUAAUAAAUUGAAUAUUGAUUCUUGUUCAGGUGUUGAUUCUCGCUACUUUGACCUCUAUGAUCCACCACCAGAUGUUGUCUGUGUCGACCUAGAUACCAGCAGAAUUUCUCAGUAAGCUAUUGCUAGUAACUUUGAAGAAUUUAUAAGACUGUUGGACUGCGAUAAAGCUUUAAAAUAGAUUGAUUAGACAUAAACAAUUUGUGUCUAUAUUACAAUGCAUGUUAAGCUUUAAUAAUAUUUUUACAUAAUACACAAAUAGACAUUUCGGCACAUGCCUUCAUCAGUACAACAACGAAACAUUUAAAUAAGUAUAUAUUAAAUUUACAUAAUAUAUAUAUAUAUAUAAAUAUAUCCUACCUAAAAAAAGAGAAAAAUAGGAGUUGGCACAAAAACGAGACAGAAACAAAGUAAAGAAGAAUGGAAAGGAAGUGACUUGGAGUAAAAUGUAAAAAACCAAACAGGAAAAAGACGUGGCAGUUACGUAAAAUUGUGGACUUGGUUUAUCCCGUAUGGAGUCAACGUACCAAAUCUUGUUAUUAAUUUAUUCUCCAUAUAGACCCUAUCAGGUGUAUUACAUGUAUACAGUAUACCAGUAACUGCAAUGUCUGAAAUUCCAUCAUGGUUAGUUCUAUUGAAAUGUUUGGAGACCGGACAGAGAGCCUGUUUAUUUAUGUUAUAGAGGUGUUCUCUAAACUGAUUUCCAAGGCUACAACCUGUCGCUCCUACGUAUAAUUUUACCGCACUUUUUACAAAGGAUGGUGUAAAUCACGUUGCGACUUGUGCAGGUAAAGCCAUCUUUUAUUCUGAAUAUUUCCAGAGGUAAAGUGAUUUUAUCAACUUCAAUCACGUUGGACAUGUGUUACAAUGGCUACAGUUGCAAAUUUUGGUGUCUUUAUGUGCUUCAAUAGCAGGGAGGUGGCUUCUGACUAGCAUGUCCGUAAAGCUUAACAUAAUUGCUAUAUUGACACAGAUAGUUUGUGUCUAAUUAAUCUAUUUUGAAGAAUUUAGAGUUUUUAAAAAAAAAUCAGUAUCAUUGUGUCAGGUAGCAUACAUGAAAUUUUAUAUAAACUCUACUUGAUCAUACAGAAGUUAUACUGUCAUUGACGUGAUUAUAUUUUAUCAGUAGCCCAGCAGUAGGCUUCUACCCUCAAGAGACUGUUCACUCUGUCACUCUGAAAGAACACGUAUUUGAAUAAUUAUUUGUUUUUCUUUCAACAGACCUGAAGAUAAAAAGUCUAUAAGUUUUAAACUUUUGCCAAAGGUCAGUUGGUCAUUUAUGACAUUAACUUUAAAAAAAAUUACUCCUAAUUAAACAUUAAAUAUGUUGUUCAGAAUUAUUCAAGAUGUGUAGGCUUGCAAAAUUAUUAGAUUAAUUGCAGAUGACAUAAUAUUUUGUCCACGUUUCAGACUUAUUCCAAAGGAAUGGUUGUAUUACAAUUUAUGCAUAUUUUAAUGAAUUGUCAAAAUAACUAUAAAAAUAUGUUUGUUUUAAGAUAAAAAUGUUUACUUGAUCAGAAGCCAACGCGAGUAAUGCAGGAAUGUCUGUCCAGACUUUAUGAGAGGGCCAGUCAGCCCAAUGUACAGAAGCAAGCCAGUGAUGAGGUAUCACUAGAGAUGACUCACUUUGACCUGGACUUUAGAAGGAAGAAACAAGAUGUGAGUCUGGAGAGUUCAUUCUUCAUGUGUUAAUAACAGGUUUAUUCACCCAGUUUUAUUUAACAACUAUUCUCAUAUUUUUUUUUGUCCAACCAAGAUUGCUCAGUGUGUCAUAUACCUUUAUUCUUAUCUAUUGCCAGAUGCAGCUAGAAUUAGCCAUUCAAGAGGUGUUCCUCAGAUUCACCGCCAGUCUACUGAAAGAUUACAAGAAUUUCCUCAAUCCUAUCACCAAGCAGCCCAAUAGCCGUACCACAGAUGCCUCAUCCUUGUUUGAUAUGCAAGGUCAGUCGGGUCAACAUUCAAAAUAACUCACCAUGUCUUUUUUUAUAAAUUUCAAAAGAUUCACUCAAUCAUCCCAAUCAGUUAGUUAAAGAAUAAUGGCUGUUGAAUCUCUUGUUAACAUAUGAGAGGCUAAUAAUAACAUUUAAAAAAAUAAUUUUUAAGCACCAAAAUAAUAGCAAUGAAAGACUCAAAUUGAAAGGACAUUGAAUAGUUCUCCAGACCUUGGUGUAUAUAAGAUCAGAUUCUGAAUUCACUAACCCCAAAAGUUUCUGUUGUGUCUUUUCAGCAUCAUAGCAUUUCAUUUCUUAAAUAAAAAAGUUGAUGGUUUAAUAAAUACAAGAUAACAGAAGGACCAAUUGAUAAAUUUGGAGCAAUGAAGAUAUUCACUGACCAUGGCUAAACUAAGCAAACAUGAUAGAAGAAGCUAAAAUGGGCAGUACGAUGUAACCUCAGAUAACAAAUGCCCAAUUUAACAAAAAAAAUCAGUCACCAAUGUUCGUCUCUGUUAACGAAUGAUACAUUGGGGUAUGAAAGUGUCAGCAUAUGCCCGUACAGACAAUCCUACGGGCUGGGCAGUGCUUUGGGGCAUUAGCAUUAAACACCAUGUCCCAGUGCAGUGUUACAAAACACUACUGACUUUUUGUUAACUCUGCACUCUUUGUGUUAUGUUGACCCUCAUUAUUGCACCUAAAGAAAAAUGUGUUAUAGACAGGAACCAUGUUAGUGUGGAAGUAAAGAAAGAAAUUAUUUUAGAACAUAAAUGACAGUAGUGGUGUAUUUACUUAUUAAGGAUGUUUUAAUUUCAUUUGAUUCUUUUCAUUAAAACACAUACAAAUGUCAAUGUACAUUGCUAAGACUAGAACAGAUUCAUGAAGUUACAUGGAUUUCAAAGGGAACAAUUAUUUCGGUUAGCCAAUGUUUCGUAGUCACGGAAUGAAUAAAUUUUGUAAUCCAAGGUUCCACCAUAUUUUUAGAGAUAUUAAAGUUAUUUUACCAUAUUUUUCACAGCCCACAUCCUUCUAUAGAGUGUGGCUGCUUGGGCACAAACAUGGUAUUCAUCUAAUGUUCCAUUUUUCCAAAUUUUAGUUUAGCCUUUUUGUAUAGUCAUUAUAAAAGACAUAUUCUUUCCUUUCAUUAGGUUUCCUAAAAAGUCGAGACAAAACCAACACCAAAUUUUUCUCCCAAAUGAUGCGUACACAAAUGUUCUUCCGCUUCAUAGAAGAAAGAUCAUUUGUAUCAGACAAGGAUGCCAGUCUGGCUUUCUUUGAUGAAUGUGCCGAGAAGGUCAGGGUCUACUCAUCUAGUUUAUAGUGUAUUACAUUUGAUCAGUCGCCUGGUUUUCUAACAAGUAUAAUGUUUAAACUUUUAUUGUAUCAAAGCUCAUUUUAAAUAUUAGUGAUGUAUUUAGUUAAAAAUAAAUUAUGGCACAUUUCAAACAUUGUUGCAGGUGGAUGAGUCAAGGGAAGAACCAAGACUCAUCGACAUUGACAACAGUCAAAUGAGGUAAACGGUGGCAAUGUGACACUAAAGAUAGUUAUUAGUCUUGCAUACUUGGUCAUGUAAGUCAAUAGACUUGGUCAUGUAAGUCAAUAGACUUGCUAAGAAAACAAAAACAGAAAUGUGAUGAUGAAGGCUUCCUGCCGACUCGUUCGUUGUUUUGUUGCGUUCCUUUUUUUUUUCAGGUUUUCCCCAUACUUUUUCUUACUCAUUUCCUUUUGCAGAAACUUAAUAAAUUCGGGUCAGGUAGAAAGCUUUUAUUAUUAUUUUAAUUUUUGGGACUAAUUUGAACAUUGUUGUCUGUUCUAGUGAGAGAACUGUCUUCAUUAUGCCACCAGAACCAGUAGGCCUACCAGAGGGAGUCAAGUACAGGUACGUUUCAACUUAGCAAAUUAUCAAACUCCGCAUGUGAGCAAAGCCAACUCAUAAAGUGUGGAGUGUGGGUCAGGUUGAGGCGUUCCUUCAUCAACACACUCACUAUUAGUUCACAUAAUGUACCUGAACAUUUACAAUGUUCAAUCAGUUACAAUCUACAUAUAGCACUGAGUGAUUCACAAUGUACCUGAACAUUUACCAUUUUCAAUGAAUUACAAGUUACAUAUAGCACAGAGUCAUUAGUUAAAGUUAUCUUACUGCUCAAUUAUCACAUUUGUUUCCAUUUCUGAAUCUUGGUGGUGAGACUGAAAUGCUGACAACAUCUGCGGUACAAGAAAGAAUAUACAUUUACAAUCACGUUUCCUUAAGGAAAUUUUUAAUCAGGAUUUCAGAGUUAGAGUCUUUGAUUUUAACUUGACAAUUUACUCAAAAAUUUCUCGAACCCCAAAUUAAAUAUGUUUUAAAAUGCAGUUUGUAAGAAUGAAUAUUUUUAUUUUAUUUUUUUAAUGUUGAUAAUUAGCCAUCACUAUGCAUUUCUCUAACAUACAAAUAUCUCCUUACUAGCUUUUCUGAUUUAUUUUCUGUUGCAGUUUAUUAGUUAUUUGAUAAUCUUUAUUACACUGUUUUGUUUCAUCUCACAUCUAUGACAUAUUUAUUGAUCUCAACUAUUAGCUAUGGCAAGUGCCUUUUUUUUUUUUACUAUUGUAAGUAAGAUUUUAACUUCUGUGAUAAUAUCUGAUCCCACAGCUACAAUGGAUUUCCUGAACUGAAGCAGGAGCUUUUCCUGACCAAGAAGAAAUCGGUUUUAAACAUCCCAAGCAAACAGCUGUGUCCCAACAGCCCACUCGCCCGCAGAACCAAGCAAGAAGUCAAGUCUGCCCAAAAGGUCAAUUGAAAUAUGCAUUAGAGUUUGUAUGAAUCAUGAUGGUGUGUCGAUAACUAAAUGCUAAUAAUUAUAAGAUUUGUUUGCAUAAAUCAUGAAAAGUAUUCGAUAACUUACUUCAAUAACUGACCUCAAUAACUGACCUCUAGUUAUGAUUUUUUUAGCCAUAUUUCAAUUAAGAAUGGAACCCUUUUCUUCCAAGCAUACUUCAAGCUUGUAUCUUAGUGUACCUCAGUAAUUGUUUUGACAAAGUUUUCAUGUGUGACGACCCUUCUAACAUGGCCGCCAUUAAUUGGACAUUGUCUAUGACCCUUCUAACAUGGCCGCCAUUAAUUGGACAUUGUCUAUGACCCUUCUAACAUGGCCGCCAUUAAUUGGACAUUGUCUAUGACCCUUCUAACAUGGCCACCAUUAAUUGGACAUUGUCUACAUUUCAUGCUUUGUAUUAUAUUAAUUGGUAAACAUCCCUGUCUUGUUUACAACAGGUUGCCCAGCAACAGGUUGGAAAUCCUGAAACCUGGGCUAAGUAAGUAUACUACUUAUUAUAGGUUGCUCAGCAAAUAUUUAGUCAAGUAAUUGCAAAUGUAGUCAUCAGACCAUAGAGGUGUUGUCAACCAGCUUUCACUCUUGUCAAAGGUCAUAAUCAUUUCAUAAUCUUAAAUACGUGUUUGUUCAAGUUUGUCUUUUUACCAUAUUUCUUGCACAUGUAAGGUACAUUGUUUUUGUUCCAAAUCAAUCAGUUAUUGUUUUAUAAAAACCACUAUAUGUUUUAGUUAUCUUCCAAAGGAUAUUAAGUAGCCGACUCAGUGAUAUAACAAAGUAUAAAAUGCUGUACCAUGUUAAAUGUUUUAAACUGUGUUCCCAUUGAGGGAAUAGGUGGUCUUCUUUAGGGGACUAAUUAUGCCCCUUGUAUUUUGGUUAGUGGCUCAAAUUCCGUUAAGGAAAGUCAUUGUUUUGACCGGACUAGUCGUUGGAUGGGGUUACUUUAAGUGAUGGGCAGGGGCCAGGAGAUAUUUAUUGACCUCUGACCCAAUGUAGAUUUGUCUAAAACACUUUUACAGAUGCCUGUUGAGCUACUGCUACAGUCUGUGGUUUGUUGUGUUUCCGGCCUAUGUACAAGCCCAGCCUAAGAAGCUAGAUGUCUUGAAAGUUGGCUUCUUUGUCAUGAAGCAGAUGCAAGCUGCAAAACUUAUCACAGUAGAUGAGGUGACACAGUUAACUUUGGAUAUUUGUGUUUUGUUUUAUUUGUUAACAAGUGCAAACAUUUGUAAAGUAAUGCUCAAAUUCAUAAUAAUUUCUCAAAUCUGUUGUCAAAUCGAUGGAUUUAUUAUGCAAUAAAUAAUGCAGAAGUUUGAUAUAUUAAACAAUUGGUUCUAGCAUGUUUUAUUUCAUAUGUAAUGAAAUUAGAUGAGAUUCUAUCAUGUGGUAGAUUAGUGCACAGGUUUGAUCAUAGAUUGGCUAGCAUUUUAGUCUGUGCUCAGUCCUCUGUGUCUCGUACUACAGCUUGAUAUUUUCUUAUCUUUUAAAGAGUUUUUUUAAAAACACUUUAACUUAGUAUUCACUAUAACACAUAGUGCAAAUAUUUCAUAUUAUUUAAAAGUUGAAAAUUCACAUGAGUGUGGUGGAUAUAACGGUUUGUUUACUUUGAUUGUUCAUCUAUUUCAGCUGUGUUAUCGUGUGCUCAUGCAGCUUGCGGGUCAGUACAAUAAGCCAGGCCUGGCCGUCCAAGUAUUCUCACAAAUGAAAAAACAUGGUGUCCAACCAAAUGCUAUCACCUAUGGCUACUAUAAUAAAGUAUGUACCUUGAAUUUCAUAAUAAUAAUCACAUAGAAUGGCAGAAUUUUAUACGUGGUAUUAAAUACAGGUGAAAAUAAAUAACCUGUAAAAGUUUUAACAAUUUAAUAUGCACGUAUUGUCAUAUUCAACUGACCGGUUAUUAGCAUAGGCUUGGAUAAUUAACAAUAGUGUAGGCUUGGAUAAUUAACAAUACCCUAAUGUCUGUCCUGUGUAAGUUUCUUGAUACAAGUUUUAAAGCUCUUUUAUAGGUUAUCAUUAAUUAUUUGCCAUCAUCUGGUGAGCAGAUAUUGCCCUGAGCUUAGUGAUGCGUUCACUCUUGACUUCUUAUCUUAUUUUUUUCAUGAAAGCUUAUUUCUGCUACUUCUUGAGUCCUUAUACUUCUCUUGUACAGCUUGAUCAAGUGAACAAUCGCAAUUUAUAUUUAAAAGGUGAUGCUUGAGGCCAUCUGGCCAUCUCCCCAGUCCAAAGGGCGUCUGAGGUGGUUGAAAAUUCGCAAUGUCAUUAUUGGAGUGGCCCAGUUCCGAAGAGCCGUGCGACGCCGAAGUAUCUCUGUGUACUCCAACUCCGGCAGUGAGUUUGAUCAGAUAAGUCACGCGAGCACGGACAGUUAUCUGGGGGACUCCCAGACGCAAGCCAGGCUGGAUGCCGCCAAGACGGACACCACUUCAUCCGUGGUGAGGGAGGCCGGUCAAGUUAUGGAUGACGUGCUCAACAAGAAUAAUGGCAGCUUAGAGGAGAGGAUGAGCACAGGUUAGUGUGGCUUGGUUAGGUUUUUGAUGCAUAAAACAAAGUAUUUUAGAGAAAGUAUUUAUUCACUGUCACAUUUCACUUGUGGAGAAAGUAUUCACCUUAUUUCACCAAUGGCAACAAUUCCUUGUAUAAAUUCCAUAUCAUUUUAUCUAGGGUACUAAAAUAUAGCAAUGAAAUGUUGUAUAAUUCAAUAUGCAUUUAUAAUAUAGAAAUGACUUUCCAAGUUCAUGUAAAUCUGUUGUGUAUUUGGGUUUUCCCUUAUAACCUAUAGUGGUAUGUUUCUGAUGUGCAGGGGGUGUAUCAGACAGGGGUUACAAUUCCAUGACACAGGAAGAUGUCAAACGGCUGUCACAAAUUGUCAUAUCUACCAGUGACAAUGGCAACACAAGCUCCUCCCCAGCCAGUGACAACAAGUCAAAGCUGGAUGCCUGGAACCCUCUCAACUUCCUGGUGGGUGGCACCGCCAAGGCAAGGCCGCACUCUGACAAGGUCAAGAAAGGUGGGUUGAUGAUGGCAUCCUUUUUGCUAUUAUUUUUUAUAAAUACUAAGAUUAUUUAAUCGGACCCCAUGUUGUGUCCCGUUCGUAAUUUUGUGCACUGUUAAUCCAUAAUGUUGUAAUAUUUGUUGUGUAGAGGUGCACAUCAUGGAAGACAAGUGGAGACAUCACGGCCACAGACCACGCGUGGGCAGUAUUGUCAAACGCUCUGUCAGUUCUGCACCGUCCACCCUUGUGGAUGAUUUUGAUAAGCUGAAAAGCUCCUUAUGUAAGUGAGAUUUCUUCCUCUCCUUAGACCAAAGCUGGCAAAACCAAUCCACUGCCAUAACUGCCGCCUCAAUCUAUUCAAAGUUAUUGACAGUGGAAUACCUGCUGGGUUGUCACAAAUAAAUGUUAAAUUUCUGGGCUGUGUUGUACAAAUAAAUGCAAAAUGUGUGGGCUGGAUUAUCAAAAAUAUUAAUUUUUAUUACUCUAGGAUAAAUAUUUAUCAAAAUUGUUUUAAAUUAUUCAUACUUUAUUGCUUGCCACAAGCUUCAUAAUUUACUUCAUAUUAAAAUAAUGAACAAAUUUGAUACCAUCAUAUCUCUGUGCACUUUUACAGUAAACAAUGCAUGUGGAUUGGUGAUACUCAGCAAGGCUUGUAUAGAGAGGGGCUCCUUUUUGCCGGACACCGACUUACGCCUUCAGGUAGAGGAAGCUAAGCGACGCAGACACCGCAGUGCCGGCGAAGGCCCCAAACCAUCCCGGUCCAUGAGUCUGUUUGCAAGCUGGCGGCCACCACGGUUAAAUGGCUCCAGCAACGACACGGAUGAACAGACGAAGCUGAUAUUAAACUUCUCGGAGCUGAUGAAAAAGGAGGAAGAGGGGGUCAUUGAUGCAAGUUCCCUUUCCAGUAAACAAAACACCGAGUCAGUUUUUGAACCUUCUGGUGAUGUUGUGUCUGGCGGUGAUGCUGGCAAUACUUGUGUGCAAUCUGUUUCUAAUGUCAAUGGACUUCCGACAAGCUCCCACCAUUCCUCCCACCCGCCUGAAACUAACGGUAGCCUGAGCACGAGCUCUCCGUUAUUGACUAUUGAUGAGUCUGAUCACCUUCUUGAUUCCACACCUACUGUAUAUUUAGAGGGUGGACCGGUGGUCAAGAACCCACUGCAAGAGUCAUCCGCUGUGGGGGAUUCAUCCAAUUCCUCUAGUCAUCAGUCAAAAUCCAAAGGUCUAACUAAACCAUCACCACCUGGACAGCAAGUAACAACCAGUAAAACCCAAUCCGCUGACACUGACACUUGUUCACCCGGUGACAUACUCCCAACAACUGAUGCGUCUACUAAUGGAGUAACUGAUGUCAACCGCCGAGAAAUUCGCAGAUCCGUGUCGAUUCCUGAGGACAGACUCAGUGGUCAGUUCAAUGAGUCCUCUAUCAAGCAAUCUUUGAGUGAGACUGGUAAUACCCUCAACUCCCCCAGAGUUGACCAAAAGACACCAGUCAAAACACCGGUCAAAGCACCAGUCAAACAUAUCUCAGAAGAUUCCCAAUCCAUCAACUCCCUCUCCGACUCCAAGAAAGAGGGACCCAGUGAUUUUGUCUUGAGACGGACUCAGAGUUUGAAAAAAACGAAUGAAACCAUCGGCAGUUUCCUCAAAUUUGCAUCAAAGGCGGCAUUCACAAAACUGAAUGAGCUGAAACAGACUAUAACCACCCCAAUAAAAAAUGGCUCCCUGGGCUCUCUCGGGUCAUUGAGUCAGUCGGUGGAGGAGCUCGAAGGCAACGAUGGGAGCAGUACAAGCGGCACCAUCCGAGAGAGGCUACGUCAUGGAGGCAGCCAGGAGUUGUUGAGUCCAAGUGAAGAGAGUGAUACGGAGGAUACAGACAAGAGAAUGUCUGGGGUGUCAUUUGGUAAGUAGCUAGAGGUGGCUCCUUGACAGCUGUGUGGCUCAUUGACAGCUAUGUGGAACCAAGCAUGUACUUACUUUAGGGACAAUUUAAUUUUCAAGUGUUUAACUUUUAAUGACAGCUAAAAUGCACAUGUUAAAUGGGAGCUGAUCAAGAAACAGUGGAUGCCAAUCCUGAUUAAACUAAAUCAUUCGACCCCACCGUACUUCAUACAUGUCAACUCCUAAGUCUUCUUGGAUUGAUUAUAUUCGUCAAGUUCUUUUCACACGUUGAAUGUGUUGUGCUAUUCCUACUAUCACUGAACAAACUCAACUCCUUUUCAUAAUAAUUAUAACUUUAAUGUCUAAGUAAAUAUUACACACAUAACACGUGAAUAUAGAGCAGCUGGCUAUCAGACAUAAAUAAUACACAUCCUACCACUUCAAAGUUCCACUCAAGACUGCCGCACGACUAAAACAUAUGUCACUGGAGUCACAAUACUGUAUAGACAAUACGUCACGAAUCAGCAUAAAAAUAUGUCAUAGAGACAAUGGCGGGAAGAGCGUUCACUAACUAUAAGAGUCAAGCUCGAGAAAAGCGUUCAACAACUAAUGAACAUAAUAUUCAGUCGCAACAAUUACUAAUGAACUCCCAUACUUGACAGGUGUGAAUUUAAUUUCUUUGUCAAAUUUAAAACUUUGAAGUUGAAAUUUACUUGACACUUAAACUUGUUUGUAUUAAUCUUAUUUUAGUGCAGCAAUAAUUUGUGUGCGUCUCUUGAGUAGUAGAUGGGACGUCCCUGUUUGUGUGUUUUUGUUUUUUUAUUUAAAUCAUUUAUAGCAACCUUUAACCACUUCAUUACCGCAGGGUUUUGGCAUCGAUUUUUGCCGACUCAGCAACAAAAAACUUUGCGGUGAAAUUUUCGGUAUAUUUCAUUCUCUAUCCGAUUCGCUUUUUAACUUCUAUAUUGAUUAACUAAUAAGGAAAUAUAUAGCAUUGAAAUUUGACGUCGACGUGACGUCCUGCGGUAUUUCAGAAAAGUUUAAAAUUUUUGUUAUGACGUCGAUGUGACGUCCUUGGUAAUUGAAAGUGAGUGAUCAUGACGUUGACGUCGACGUCAUCGGUAAUGAAGUGGUUCAACUACUGUGAUGACACAAUGUUCCUGGUUGGAUUAUUGAGCAUUCUUGUUAUUUUUUCCCGCAUCACUCUUCGGUCUCUCCUCCUUAUUCAGCUCAAACAUGUGUGUGACUAAACCUUAACACCUCUGAGCCACCUAACAGAAAUAAUAGAGAGUAGUCAGGAUAGGCUACUUUUAGUGCAUUAGAAAUGAGCCAAAAUGAUGAUUGAGGUGAUGGGAGUUUACUGUUAAAAUGUCAGCUUUCAUCACACAAGAUUAAUGCAGAUAUUUUCCAUACCACGGCUGCUGAGGAAUAACGCAAGUCAACACAUUAAACAGCCUUGUAAAUUUGCUCAAAUAAAAAUUUCCCUUCAUCGUAAUUCCACAAAAAAAUUGAUAUAUCAGCUACAUCUUUUUGCUCUUCAAGUGUAAUGGAAAAACAUUCAAACUCUCUGUCAUCGCUUUUCAUUCGGGACACAAUAUUGCAUUGUGGAUCUUCUACUUUAUGAGCAACUGCCCAAAUUCUAUUAGUCUUAAAUGAGUCUUUUUUUUUUCUUCUUCAGAAUAAUUUCUUCAGCAGUUGAAAGAAGACAAGACAUGAUUUAAUUAACACAUUCUCGGUGAACGGUUUCCCUUGUUGGGCUAAAAAGUGAAACACCUAGAAACAUGCUCUUGCCGCUGCUCAGUUGUCAGCUUUCUUCUUCCUAAAUAGAAACUGCUAUGAGGACAAGUUGCGCUACAAACUUUUGAUGUUGUCAGAACUGAGAAUAUAUUGACGAAUAAUUAGUUUGAUAAUGUUGUCUGUGAAUGUUGUCAUCUUUUAGCGCAGCCAACGUCGUGUUGCAUAUUAAACAGAUCACUUUGUUACCUGAUUCAAAAAACAAAGUCGGCCACACCCCAUUUUUCUUAUGAAACACUGCAUUCCCUUUCAAUGUGUCUCUUCUCUCCUUGUCCUAACAUUAAAGUGGGAAACUCCAAGUUUGAAGGCUCCAAUCAAAAGAAGAACUGACAUACAAAACUGCUGUGCAGGGAGUACACAGCUGAGAUGGUAAUAAACGCGGCUCUGCCGGAGCAGAGAGAAAUAGAUCAACUUUAAUCAACACUGCACAAUACAUAUUGGCUUGAACUUCAAAUCCACAUUCAUAAAAUUUGAGACGAAAACUCCAUUUUAUUUAUACUAACUUAGAACUAUUUUCCAUGGGUGAAAUGUUAAAAUAACAAGAAGAAACUGAUUCUUCCGGGUGGGUAAUCUCCUAAAUACUGUUUUGACACAGAUGUCCAUCAAUGAUUGUACUGAACCUUAGACGUUAUAUUGUUGCGAGUGUACAAGCUGACAACCCAUAAUAUGUCUUGUUUAUUUCAGAGAGUGCUCCGUCUCCAUCCUACCUUGACGAUUAUAACAGGUUUAAGGAUGGCACUUGUAGCAUAGCCACUGCAAUAAGUUCAUCAUCUGAGAAGUUGGACGACGUCAUCAAAGUAAGGCUUUGUUCUUUGUCACAAGCUCCACCAUUGGGUUAUGGUCAGGAUUAAGCCAUACAAACUAGUUUUAUUUAUGUCACAUACAAUUAGCAUGCACCCAGUCAAACCAAUUCUCCUCAAUAAAUUGCACAAGAAAUGAAAGAAUGCAAAUAUUGAUUACGUUGAAAUUAACCAAUGUACUGCUGUGCACACAAUACUGCUGUUAUUUUAACUAAUUAAAUUGAUCCCGCUGCACAUCUUCUUCCAUUGUGGUGACAUGGGGGCUUCUCAUCCGGGAUUGGUGAACCUCGUUAUUUUCAUACUUGAGGUAAAGUACAAGAACAUUCUUAGUAUUCAACUUUAGUGAAGGCUUUAUGCCGAAACGUCCUUGUUUUUUGUCCUGUUACCUUAUUUCAAGCUUCCACAUACCUCGUUUCACCAUUUCAUUCUUUUCCAUUGUGGAAGCAGGUUGUAAUUAUGUUUAAAAAUUGGUGUUAUAGAAAUGUAUUUUAGUUUGAUUCCUUAUGAACUGUUUAUUCCUAUCUUGAACACUCAAAAUAAAAUGAGUAAAACAGAGUAGGGUUAAACCUGAAAAAAUAAACGCAACAAAACAGCGAACGUUUCGGCAGAAAGCCUUCGUCAGCGAACAAAACAACAGAAAAAACGGUAUAAAAAUAAAAAUAAGAAAUAGCACUUAGCUGGUAGGUAGUAUCUGUGGGCAGCAAUAGAAGUAAAAAAUACAGUUUUUUUCUGUUGUUUUGUUCGCUGACGAAGGCUUUCUGCCGACUCGUUCGCUGUUUUGUUGCGUUUAUUUUUUCAGGUUUAACCCUACUCUGUUUUACUCAUUUUAUUUUGAUUGCAGUCUCUCCCCCUAUUACCCCUUGAACACUCAGUCUUUCAUGAAAAUCUCCAUGGAAAUGAAUUUUUAAAGACAGUACGUUUUUAAUGUGAAAUUUACACAUCAAGAAAUUUUUGUGUGUGCAAAAGUUUGUGCAUUCAAUUUACAGGGUUUAGAUUUUCAGACCAAUUUAUUAAAGAUUUCUGCAGUCAUAAUAUGUUCCCCUUGAAUUGUACUAACAAUUUGAACAAUUAGAUAAAAUUUAGUAGUACAUUUCAAUCAAACUGUUGUUUUUAUGAUUGUCAGGCUGCCAUGGAGUUGAGAUAAGAUUUUGUGGUACAUUUCAAUCAAACUGUUGUUAAUAUGAUUGUCAGGCUGCCAUGGAGUUGAGAUAAGAUUGUGUGGUACAUUUCAAUCAAACUGUUGUUAAUAUGAUUGUCAGGCUGCCAUGGAGUUGAGUUAAGAUUUUGUGGUACAUUUCAAUCAAACUGUUGUUAAUGUGAUUGUCAGGUUGCUAUGGAGGUCGAGAUGAGCUCCUGUUCUCGCUGUACCAAGUGUAACCGUCUGAUCUAUGAUGAGGAAAUAAUGGCCGGUUGGUCAGCUGAGGAUUCUAACCUCAAUACAAGGUAAAGCAUGACUUAAAGGAAUAUUAAAAUCGUAAACAGUUCAAAUGUAAUUAUUAAUAGUUGGCUUUCCAGAUUCUGUGUUCAUUUUUUUAUUUUUUAGCACACAUUUUCCAUGGUUUUGUUGGGUGUGAUUGAUCUGUCUACAUUUAUUACCUUAUUGAUAUGCAUUCGUUGGGUGUGAUUGAUCUGUCUACAUUUAUUACCUUAUUGGUAUGCAUUCUUAGCAGGCUUUUUACCGUAAUGUUUAAUAAAAAAAAUUCUCAACUGUUUCCAUCACCUCAUUUCAGCUGUCCUUAUUGUCAUGCUAAGUUUGUGCCUCACCUGCAGGUGUACAUCAAGGUAAGACUAACAUUGUAUUCUUUAUAUCAAGGUAAGACUAACAUUCAUUUAUUUAUUCAUCCUGAUAAAGGACUGUAAACCUAGGCUUUCCAUACAUCUUGUUAUCAUGUAUUAUAUAUCUGUUGUAACUGUAAGAAUGAAAUUUCCCCAGACAUCUUGUUAGACGUAUCUAUUGUAACAGUAAAAAUGUAAUAUCCCCAAUGUUGUGUUCCAGGACUGGAGGGGUGAUGCAAAGGCUCUUGUGUUUAACAAUGAACAGACAUACCCCAUCCAGGAAAAGCUUUUAGCCAACUCAGACCAACCUGAUGGAUUGGCCGUCUCUAAAUUAGAAGAGGUUGGCACACCACCAGACCCGGAGAGUGUCCAGAGCUCAUUAGAUCGAGGCGACAUGCCGUUAACAAUGGAAGAAGCUGCCAGCACCAUAAGACGCAGGUGCACCAGUGAAUGUUUAACCAAUGUGACGGAUACGACACCGUUUGGCUCCAGCAUGGACAGUCCUCCUCAUACUUUUCAGCGAUCACCUCUUAGACUCUCCAUAGAGGAGGAGGCAGAACUGGGAGAAUGUCCUCAAGACAAUUCUGUGAAAAAAGAGUUCAUGUCCAGGUCAGUUUUUAUUUUACUUUACAGAAACAGAAAACUACAGAAUGUGUUUCACUCAUAAGGUUGAUAUUAGGAAAUACAAGUUUAGCUCUAUAGUAGUCCAAUGUUAUGAAGGCUUAUUUCUAUAGAAGUCCAAUGUUAUGAAGGCUUGUUUCUAUAAAAGACCAAUGCCAUGAAGGCUUGUUUUUAUAAAAGACCAAUGUUAUGAAGGCUUGUUUCUAUAAAAGAUCAAUUUUAUGAAGCAUCUCUGGAAGAUGACUCGGUAUCAAGAACUAGGGUUGAAAAUUACUUGCCUUUUUAUGACCAUGAACUCUUCUAGAACCCUUGUUCCAGGGCCAGUGUAAAGAAGUACUUGACUAGGACUGAAUCCUUGAACCACAGCUAGGGUUUUUGUCUGGAUUAAAAAGCAACCAAAGAAUGAAAAGAAGCAAUUAGCUCUCUUAAAUGAUACGUUUGUUUAAACAAGUGGAAAGAAUUUCUUAUGAAUGUAUAGAGAAUGAAGCAGAGACCCAUUCAUACCAUUAAGCAUCUUGAUAUCACUGUACAGGUCAGCAUCGUCCUCUGAGCCUGUCGUUGUCCCAUACCUCAGUCCCUUGGUACUGAGAAAAGAAGUGGAAUACGUCCUUGACCAUGAGAGUAAUUUGUGCCUUGCCUCUGAUACUUUUGUUGAAGACCAUCCCAUCAUUUUCUGGAACCUGGUAGGUAGUUGCCAGACUUGAAGAUUGAUUAAGGUUUGCUCUGUAAUAUCUGGAAUGUAUCUGAUAGUUUACAUUAUUCUAAUAAUGCUGAUCUCAUUUCAUUCACCAUAUCUUCCUACAGAUUUGGUUUUUUCGACGUAUAAAUGUUCCAACUCACUUAACUGGAUUCCUUUUAACAUCCAAAGCUUUCAACUGCAAUAAACCUGAGGUUAGUGGAUUUUUUAAAAUCUUUAACUGACACUAAAAUAUUGUGUAAAUAACUAAAAAGAAUAUAGAAAAAGUUGACAAAUUUAGAGAAGGUAAAAAAAAAAAAAUUCCAGGAAAAAUUGUCUUGCAAAUAAUGAACUGGAUUUAAUGUUACAGGCAUCUGACACAGAGAAAACAACAUACACCAGUCGAAACAUUUUGAUCCGACCCCAGUGGGACAAUGUGAGAAUCCAUGAUGAAGUUGGAUUACCCAUGUACUUGGCAUGGAGAGCAGGUUGGUCAUGUCAUGAUGAUGACACCACAAAUUCAUUUGUAAUUUACCACUCAUAUGUCAUGGCACUGUCACAUAAGUAAAAUAUAUCAGUUUAUACAUUGAAAAUGUAAGUGUAUAAUUAGACAUGGUGACAGCUGCAAUUUCAUUCUUCAACAGAUGACCAUGAGUUUUAUCAGGACUUAAGGACAGUAGUAUAACAUAUGACCAUGAGAUUUGUCAGGACAUAAGGACAGUAGUAUAACAUAUCAAUAGAUUAUUGCAUGCACUUGAAUAUUUUAUUGAAUUGUUCAAGGCUCUACUUGUUGUUUUUACCUGUGCAUAAAAGUCAUUCACUAAAGCCUCUUCCAUUUCCAGGUCACAAGUCAACAGUGGUAGAUGCUUUAGUCAUUGAGUCGGACUCUUUCAGUCGGCCGUGAGUAUCCAUAUUUUAUUUCAAACUUAUUGACCCUGCAAUUUUUGCUGCUGGCCUUUAUUUAUUCUAUGACCAGUAUCAUGGGAAGUUACUCUUGUCAAUUUCUGUCACAUACAGACUUUAUUCUAUGACCAGUAUCAUGGGAAGUUACUCUUGUCAAUUUCUGUCACGUACAGACUUUAUUCUAUGACCAGUAUCAUGGGAAGUUACUCUUGUCAAUUUCUGUCACAUACAGACUUUAUUCUAUGACCAGUAUCAUGGGAAGUUACUCUUGACAAUUUAUGUCACGUACAUACUUUAUUUAUUCUAUGACCAGUAUCAUGGGAAGUUACUCUAAUCAAUUUUUGUCACAUUUAGACUGGCUGGACUGAACAAAAUAGCAUCACUACUAUAUCUACCGUUAACUCGAGAUGCAUGAUGUCAGUUGUUUGCUAGUCUAAGUUUGAACUGUUAUUUUGUCUACAGAAUGAUGUGGCAGAUCAUCUCAUCCAUAAAACGUAAUGAUGUCAUGUCAGCCAUCAGAGCUGUUGCUAAUACACGCAGGCGAAUGACUUCACGUAAAAGACGCUUUAGAAGCAUGUACCGUGAAAUUUUAUUUUUAUCUUUUGCUGAAUGCGGCCGUGAAAAUAUUGAUCAUGGUAAGUCUAAAUUAGCCCAGAUGUUUCGUGACUGAGUGUAAAUAAUACCAGUAGUUUAGUGAUUGGGUCUAAAUAAGCAGUUCAUCCCCGGGCACGUUGAAGUGACGCAGAACAAUAGGGCUGAUGCUCUUGCCCGUGAUGGCGCAGCCCAAACCUGAUAGACCCAUGACCCUGCUGGGUCAAAGCUUGGCUGAAAGACCACUUCUGAGAGGAGUGGCUUAACGGUUGGGCAGUAGGGACUUCUGGACAAAAGCUCUCCCGAAGAAUGCCAAGACCGCACAAAAGCGAUCCCUGGUGGAAACUUGAGAGACAAAAGCAUAGUCUCAUCACCCAGAUGAGAACAGGCCACUGUACAAUGCGCAGUUAUCACCAUCAAUUAGAUAACAGAAGGGCUCAAAACUGCCAAUUAAAUGGCCAGGCUGACAAAACAGUGGACCACCUGGUGGUCGGCUGCCCCAGAAACAGAAGUGGGGUCGAGACCUCUUUUGAAAAUUUGAUUUGCGGUGAUGUCCACCAGAUGAGACACACCGGCCGAAUACUGGCCCGGGCUAUAAGAGAGUGAUCACAGCCCGCAAUAGAGGAUGUAACAUUAGUAGAGACUGUGAGUCAAAAUAAGACCAGAUGUUUAGUGACUGUGAGUCUAAAUAAAGCCAGAUGUUUAGUGACUGUCAGUCUAAAUAAGACUAGAUGUUUAGUGACUGUGAGUCGAAAUGAGACCAUAUGUUUAGUGACUGUGAGUCUAAAUGAGUCCAGAUGUUUAGUGACUGAGUCUAAAUGAGUCCAGAUGUUUAGUGACUGUGAGUCUAAAUGAGACCAUAUGUUUAGUGACUGUGCGUCUAAAUGAGACCAUAUGUUUAGUGACUGUGCAUCUAAAUGAGACCAUAUGUUUAGUGACUGUGAGUCUAAAUGAGACCAUAUGUUUAGUGACUGUGAGUCUAAAUGAGACCAGAUGUUUAGUGACUGUGAGUCUGAAUGAGACCAUAUGUUUAGUGACUGUGAGUCUAAAUGAGACCAGAUGUUUAGUGACUGUGAGGCUAAAUGAGACCAUAUGUUUAGUGACUGUGAGUCUAAAUGAGACCAUAUGUUUAGUGACUGUGAGUCUAAAUGAGACCAUAUGUUUAGUGACUGUGAGUCUAAAUAAAGCCAGAUGUUUAGUGACUGAGUCUAAAUGAGACCAGAUGUUUAGUGACUGUGAGUCUAAAUGAGACCAUAUGUUUAGUGACUGUGAGUCUAAAUGAGACCAUAUGUUUAGUGACUGUGAGUCUAAAUGAGACCAUACGUUUAGUGACUGUGAGUCUAAAUGAGACCAGAUGUUUAGUGACUGUGAGUCUAAAUGAGACCAUAUGUUUAGUGACUGUGAGUCUAAAUAAAGCCAAAUGUUUAGUGACUGAGUCUAAAUGAUACCAUAUGUUUAGUGACUGUGAGUCUAAAUGAGACCAGAUGUUUAGUGACUGUGAGUCUAAAUGAGACCAGAUGUUUAGUGACUGUGAGUCUAAAUGAGACCAUAUGUUUAGUGACUGUGAGUCUAAAUGAGACCAGAUGUUUAGUGACUGUGAGUCUAAAUGAGACCAUAUGUUUAGUGACUGUGAGUCUAAAUAAAGCCAAAUGUUUAGUGACUGAGUCUAAAUGAUACCAUAUGUUUAGUGACUGUGAGUCUAAAUGAGACCAGAUGUAUAGUGACUGUGAGUCUAAAUGAGACCAGAUGUUUAGUGACUGUGAGUCUAAAUGAGACCAUAUGUUUAGUGACUGUGAGUCUAAAUGAGACCAUAUGUUUAGUGACUGUGAGUCUAAAUGAGACCAGAUGUUUAGUGACUGAGUCUAAAUGAGACCAUAUGUUUAGUGACUGAGUCUAAAUGAGUCCAGAUGUUUUAGUGACUGUGAGUCUAAAUAAAGCCAGAUGUUUAGUGACUGUGAGUCUAAAUGAGACCAUAUGUUUAGUGACUGUGAGUCUAAAUGAGACCAGAUGUUUAGUGACUGUGAGUCUAAAUGGGACCAGAUGUUUAGUGACAAGAAAAUAGGGAGCAAAGGAUGUGUGCGCGUUAAAUGCCGAUAUAAUGUUAAGGUUUUACCCUGAAAUUCCCUUCUUAAAAUGGGGUGUGUGUUAUACAUCUGUGAGUGUUAUACGCAAAUAAAUAUGGUAAUUUAUGACAACUAUCUGGAGGUUGUUAAUUGAUGACAACUAUCUGGAGGUUGUUAAUUGAUGACAACUAUCUGGAGGUUGUUAAUUGAUGACAACUAUCUGGAGUUGUUAAUUGAUGACAACUAUCUGGAGGUUGUUAAUUGAUGACAACUAUCUGGAGGUUGUUAAUUGAUGAAACUAUCUGGAGGUUGUUAAUUGAUGACAACUAUCUGGAGUUGUUAAUAGAUGACAACUAUCUGGAGGUUGUUAAUUGAUGACAACUAUCUGGAGGUUGUUAAUUGAUGACAACUAUCUGGAUGUUGUUAAUUGAUGAAACUAUCUGGAGUUGUUAAUUGAUGGCAACUAUCUGGAGGUUGUUAAUUGAUGACAACUAUCUGGAGUUGUUAAUUGAUGGCAACUCUCUGGAGGUUGUUAAUUGAUGACAACUAUCUGGAGUUGUUAAUUGAUGGCAACUCUCUGGAGUUGUUAAUUGAUGACAACUAUCUGGAGGUUGUCAAUUGAUGACAACUAUCUGUAGUUGUUAAUUGAUGACAACUAUCUGGAGUUGUUAAUUGAUGACAACUAUCUGGAGUUGUUAAUUGAUGACAACUAUCUGGAGUUGUUAAUUGAUGACAACUAUCUGGAGUUUGUUAAUUGAUGACAACUAUCUGGAGGUUGUUAAUUGAUGACAACCAUCUGGAGUUGUUAAUUGAUGACAACUAUUUGGAGUUGAUAAUUGAUGACAACUAUCUGGAGUUGUUAAUUGAUGACAACUAUUUGGAGUUGAUAAUUGAUGACAACUAUCUGGAGGUUGUUAAUUGAUGACAACUAUCUGGAGGUUGUUAAUUGAUGACAACUAUCUGGUGUUGUUAAUUGAUGACAACUAUCUGGAGGUUGUUAAUUGAUGACAACUAUCUGGAGUUGUUAAUUGAUGACAACUAUCUGGAGGUUGUUAAUUGAUGGCAACUAUCUGGAGUUGUUAAUUGAUGGCAACUAUCUGGAGUUGUUAAUUGAUGACAACUAUCUGGAGGUUGUCAAUUGAUGACAACUAUCUGGAGUUAAUUGAUGACAACUAUCUGGAGUUGUUAAUUGAUGACAACUAUCUGGAGUUGUUAAUUGAUGACAACUAUCUGGAGGUUGUUAAUUGAUGACAACUAUCUUGAGGUUGUUAAUUGAUGACAACUAUCUGGAGUUUGUUAAUUGAUGACAACUAUCUGGAGGUUGUUAAUUGAUGACAACUAUCUGGAUGUUGUUAAUUGAUGACAACUAUCUGGAGUUAAUUGAUGACAACUAUCUGGAGGUUGUUAAUUGAUGACAACUAUCUGGAGGUUGUUAAUUGAUGACAACUAUCUGGAGGUUGUCAAUUGAUGACAACUAUCUGGAGUUGUUAAUUGAUGACAACUAUCUGGAGGUUGUUAAUUGAUGACAACUAUCUGGAGGUUGUUAAUUGAUGACAACCAUCUGGAGUUGUUAAUUGAUGACAACUAUUUGGAGUUGAUAAUUGAUGACAACUAUCUGGAGGUUGUUAAUUGAUGACAACUAUCUGGAGGUUUUUAAUUGAUGACAACUAUCUGGAGGUUGUUAAUUGAUGAAACUAUCUGGAGGUUGUUAAUUGAUGACAACUAUCUGGAGUUGUUAAUUGAUGACAACUAUCUGGAGGUUGUUAAUUGAUGGCAACUAUCUGGAGUUGUUAAUUGAUGGCAACUAUCUGGAGUUGUUAAUUGAUGACAACUAUCUGGAGGUUGUUAAUAGAUGACAACUAUCUGGAGUUGUUAAUUGAUGACAACUCUCUGGAGUUUACCGUUUUUAUUGGCGUAUAACACACACUUUUUCUCCCUGAAAAUAAGGGGCAAAUGAUGUGUGCGUGUUAUACGCCGAUAUAAUGUUACGUUUUUUUACCCUGAAAUUUCCUUCUUAAAAUGUGGUGCGUGUUACACGCCGAUAAAUAUGGUAACUGAUGACAACUAUCUGGAGGUUGUAAUUAUUUUUGGUUGUAUUUAUUUAAGGAUGUAUGUGGCACAACUGUUUAUAUCUAAUUGACCCACCAUGAUUUUUUAUGUGAAUUUAGCACUGUUUAUAAGGGGAUCAAAUAAUGCACUAUUCACAUAUGCAAUUCAUUUAUCCAGAUGCAUUUGACAGAGAAUAUGGUGGGGCAUUCACUAAACUCCCAACUGCUGAGGUGCGAAGGUUGCAGCUGGAAGACCACCCCAAAUCUGACAAUAUCAUAUGGUGUAGGAAAGUUUUUGCUGAAUUAGAGGUGUAAGAAGUCUGUACUUGACUGCCGUGAGAACCAGCAUGAACUGGAGAACCAGCGUGUACUUGAGAACCAGUGUGUACUUGAGACCCAGCGUGUACUUGAGAACCAGUAUUGUCUAUAUCGCCUAGAGACCCAUCUUUUUUAUUACAGGUCCAAUAAGUUAAAUGUGCCCAAGAAUAAGAGAACAAGUCUCUCGCCCCUCGUGUGUCAGACUUGAACUAAAUGUGUUUUAUUCUGUUUGUUUGGAAGUAUUGAAAUCAUUCGGAUGCCUCCAAAAUACUCUGCUGGAAGGUUUGGUUCAGAUUUGAUUAAAGUGAAACUAAAAGUGAACUUAAGGUCUUUCAUGUUAAGUUUGAAUUCUUCCUCCUGAAUAGGACUGUGUCAGGUUUCUCCCUAAUCAUAUCAUUAUAGGGCAAUCCUAACAGCACAGUGGAAGCUUUGUUCCAGCCUAUUUCUAGAUGCUUACCAGGAUCUAAUGAGCUGUCAAAUUGAAGACAUUAACCUAAACAUUCCUCAACAGCCUGCUGUCAAAAUACAAUGAGUUGGAACUGAUUGACAAGACCAGCUGGUUCAUCUUUAUAACAAGUUUUAUGACAAGGAUGGGACACAUUGAACAGGAUUGAACCUGUUUGAGAUUUGGAAUUGUUGAACAGCAGGGAGCUUGCUCUUAGAAUUGAUUGCUCAGCAAACGUUCAAGGCAAAGGCUUACAAUCAGUUCUUAACAUUUUAUUCUAGUGAUGAAGAUGUUUUCAACAACUGCACUUCAUUGGGAGUCUUAUCAAGUGUGUUUGAUGAAGAUGUUUUCAACAACUGCACUUCAUUGGGAGUCUUAUCAAGUGUGUUUGAUGAAGAUGUUUUCAACAACUGCACUCAUUGGGAGUCUUAUCAAGUGUGUUUCUUGAAUGCAUGUUUUGUCCAAUGUUCAGCCCCACCCACAUUGCUUGAAAUGACAUUUUAUAAAAAAAACAUUCUGUUCAAGGGUUGUUUAACCCUAAGUGAGUGAGUGAGUGGCCUUUUCAAAGAUAGAUCAAAAGUUUGGGUCAAACGUCAAUUUAAUUGAGAAACUUAGAAAACAUGUGUUUGAUCAUCUGUGUGAUUUCUGAGAGUAAAAAAACCACAAGACAACGUGAGCUGACUUUAAACAACUUUUAAGAAUUCAAACACUUUUAAAUGUGAAUGUGUUUCAAAUGAACAACACCAAACAUUUCAUCAUAAUCCAUUUUAUUUAUGGAACUUAUUUUUUUUUUUGUGGGCCUGUUUUAGUCUGGUGGCUAUUGAUCCUAAUAGUUUAAAUUCAAAGUGAUUUUUUAAAUUAAUUAUAGUUUUUAAAGUGAGAAUUAUGCACCGCACAACAUACAUCCCUACAUAUAAAAUUGCAAGCUUUCAGUAGCUCAGGCAAGUGCUUAGUACUCAGUAGGUCAGGCAAGUAAUUAGUACUCAGUGGUUCAGGCAAGUACUUGGCACUCAGUAGUUCAGGCAAUCCAUGACCCCACCAAAAAGUUUUGAGCCUGGCAUCUCAUUGGUUUAUUUACUACAGGGUUGUUGUCUUUUUCUUUCUUUCUAGUGAAAUUCCAUAUGAUUUUAUUCUUUAAAACUAUCAUUGUUUUAAUAGUCCUAUCAGGAAAAGAAAAGUGUAAUGUGUAUGGAAUGAACUUCAAAAUAGAAAUUAUAACUAUUAUUUUAUAAUUAUGCAGUAUUUCUGUAAGUGUAUGCGUGUCUAUUAAAGUGUUAGUUGGAAUGAGAGUCCGGGCACCCAUCAGUAACUGAGUGAAUGUAACAGAUUAGACAUCCAUGAGUAUCUGUGUGGAAUGUAACAGAUUAGACAUCCAUGAGUAUCUGUGUGGAAUGUAACAGAUUAGACAUCCAUG